UCCAAACUGUGCGACAAUUAUAAAUACGCAAUUCAACACGUUCUCCAACAGUCGUUGAUCAGAGGAAUAUAAACCAAAAAUAAUUAAUUUUAGUAUAAAAAUGUAUUACAUAAUAACUUUGGGUAUCAUAGCUUUAUUAUGGAUGCUUCGAAAUUAUUGGAAAUGGCACAAAGAAGUAGUACAAUAUAUCGAUAAAAUUCAAGGUCCAACAGCUUACCCGUUUAUCGGAAGUUUACACGUAUUUUUUGGAACUACAAAAUAUGAUAUCUUCAAAAAAAUUAAAGAUAUUACCGAAAAAUAUGGACCAUUUUUUAGAACAUGGAGUAAUAAUUUGGCGGAAAUUCACAUUAUGCAACCUGAACACAUAGAAAUCGUUCUAAAAAGUUCAAAAUUAAUAACAAAAGGAAGAGGUUACGACUUUAUUCUGCCAUGGUUAGGUGAUGGUUUAUUAAUUAGUAAUGGUCCCAAAUGGUUUCAGCGUCGCAAAUUAAUAACACCAGCCUUCCAUUUCAAAAUCUUAGAACACUACAUGAAUGUUUUUUCACAAAAAAGUCGACGUUUAAUUACAGUUUUAGAAAAAGAAGCUAAUAACGAAGUAUUCGAUGUUUAUCCUUAUAUAACUCAUUGCGCUUUAGAUAUUAUAUGUGAAACUGCAAUGGGAGUUUCAGCGAACGCUUUGGAAAAUACAGAAAAUAAUCAGUACGUCGAUUCAUUAUACAAAACCAGUGAAUUAAUCAUAAAUAGAUUAUUUACGCCUUGGUAUCAUUCAAAUUUGUAUUAUUUAUUCCCUGAGGGAAGAGAAUUUCAACGACAUUUAAAGAUUCUCCAUGGAUUUACAACUAAAGUUAUUGCUGAUAGAAAAAAAAUUUUACAAGAAAAUCCUAGUAAUAAAAUAUCAUCUUCAUCUAACGACGUUUUAAUAAAUUCGAAACAAAAAUUAUCUUUCUUGGAUCUACUUUUAUCUGCGAACGAAACUGUUCCCGAUAAAGAUGUAAGAGAAGAAGUGGACACCUUUAUGUUUGAAGGACACGAUACAACAACAGCAGCGAUAUCUUGGAGUUUAUUUUUAUUAGGAAAUCAUCUUGAUCUACAAGAAAAAGUCUAUAAAGAACUUAAAGACGUUUUAGGUGACAAAAAGUGUCCCGAAACGAUAUCCGAAUUAAACGACUUGCAAUAUUUAGAAUGUUGUAUUAAAGAAGCUUUAAGAAUAUAUCCUAGUGUACCAAUAAUAGCAAGAAAAUUAACUGAAGAAAUAGUAAUAGAUGGUUAUAAAAUUCCUAAAAACGUUUAUUGUUCUGUACACAUUUAUAAGGUGCAUAGAAAUCCAAAAAUUUAUCCGAACCCAAUGAAAUUUGAUCCGGAUCGAUUUUUACCUGAAAAUACUACAUCACGACAUCCAUAUGCUUACAUUCCAUUCAGUGCUGGACCAAGAAAUUGUAUUGGACAAAAAUUUGCUAUUUAUGAAGAAAAAACGGUUUUGGCAGCAAUCUUAAAAACUUACAAAGUUAUUGCAAUUGACUCUCAGGAUAAUGUAAAUGAAUUAGGUGAACUUAUUAUGAGACCUGAAGAGGGUGUUAGAAUUAAAUUGGAAAAAAGAUGAAUUAAUUAUUGUAAAUAAUAAAUUUCAAUUUGUACAGUUCAAAUUUUCAAUA